GUCACGUACUCGUAUGAUGCACUCGGUAAUCGGCACUCGCAUCUUCACAGGAGUUCAAGGAGUUUUGUUGAAAUAAACAAUGUAAUUUAUGUGCAAUGCGGCUUACAGGGAAAAUGCGAUAUCUUUCGACCUUAUGCAAAAGUUGAAUGACAAUUUGCAAAGUAUACGUGCUGACUUCCAGCUAUUUACCGCGUUAUUUUUGUUUUAAUUUUUAUAAACUUUUUUGCAGAAUAUUUGGUGGCGUCUGCUCUGAUCUAUCGGAUGGUGAAGAUGAAAAACACACCCAUGAACACACAGAUCGAAGUCCAGACAGUCAUAAAAGUUUUAGAAUACAUGAGCGGGAAAAAACGCCACUCUUGCAGAGUCAGGCCAUGCCCAUCGUGUACAAAGCCAUAAACAACAACUCUGAUACUCCGAUCCCAGACCACAUAUUUGGCAGUGACAUUCUGACGACGUUGAAACGGACUAGUGAGAAGUCCAAAACUGACCCCAGCAAACAGAGCUCUCUAGUUACCAUUUUCUCAGUAUGGAACACAAUAAUGGGUUCGUCCCUGCUGAGUAUAGCGUGGGGCAUCGAGCGCGCGGGGCUGCCGGUUGCGCUGCUGCUGCUGGUUUCCAUGGCAGCGCUCUGUCUGUAUACCGCCUACCUGUUGAUACAGGUUAAUGCGAGACAUGGCGGCAUUGGCAGCGAGGUCCCAGCACUCUGCGGGCUGCUGCUGGGGCGGAGCGCCGCGGCGGUGGCGCAGGCUUGCAGCUUGCUGGUGCUGGCCGGCGCCUGCGCCUGCUACUGGCUGCUGCUGGCCAACUCGCUGUAUUACACCGUCACCGGAUUAGUGGACAUAACAACAUCAAACACCACGUACAACUCUACCGUCCUCUGCCCGAGCGAGGCCCGCGCGGUGCCCAUACUAGAGGCCCCGGCGCCCGCGGAGGCCGCCUACUGGGGCCUCCACUCGACAGUGCCCCUGUAUGUCGCAGUCAUCAUCUACCCGCUGCUGAACUUCGCUAACGUCUCGUUCUUCACGAGGUUUAAUUCGCUGGGUACCCUCUCAGCCCUCUACCUCGUAGCGUUUGUCCUCACAAAGGGCGCGAUGUGGGGCAUCAACCUGCGGGCCCUGCCGCCGCUGCACCUCGCCGCCGACGCCGCGGCCCUCAGCGGCAUGCUGGCCAUGUCCUUCUAUAUACACAACAUCAUUGUGACAAUUAUGAGCAAUAAUGCAAGGCAGGAGAAGAAUGGUCGCGACCUAAGCAUCGCGUUUCUGCUGGUGACAGCGACGUACACGGCGGUCGGCGCCGUCUUCUACGUCUGCUUCCCCCUACCCAAGGCCUGCAUUGAAGACAACAUGUUGAACAACUUCGAGACACACGAUACGCUGACGGCGGUCGCCAGAGCAGUAUUAUUGUUUCAAGUGGUGACAGUAUUUCCGCUCGUAGCGUUCAUGCUACGUCGUGAAGCGCUAUCGCUACUGCCGUGGGCAGUAGUGGGCGGGGCGGGGGCGGGGCGACCGCGGCGCGGGGCGGUGCCCGCUGUGAACGCGGCGAUAGUUGUGAUGUGCGUGCUCGUAGCGUGCUUCUGUCCGAGCAUAGGGAAUAUUAUUAGAUACACAGGCGCAGCAAGCGGUCUAGUCCACGUGUUCGCGCUGCCCUCCCUCCUGCACAUGCGCUCGCUCCAUCUCCGCGGCAAGCUGACCCCGCCCACUGCGGUCGCGCACAUCGCUAUUAUAGUCUUCGGUGCUGUCAAUCUGCUCAUGCAGUUCUUUGUGCAGUGAAAAGAAAGUGCAGGGGUUUUGUCAAACAAAACUGGUACUGGACAUCUGGCGUGUGUUCCGAAAUGUAAGCCAGUAUACUCGUAGUGCUCAAUGACGUCUAGAAUCUACGCCAUACUGUUUUUUUGAGUUUGUUGGGAUGACAUUUGCAUUAUUGUAAAUACUCAUACUGACCAGUUUACUGAUUACUGGCUUAUAAAUUAUAAUAUUUCGGAGCUUACGCCUGGAGCCGUACCACGAAACGGUUUUGAGACUCAAACAAUUGAACGUAAAUUCCGCGUCCAGCUCUACCAACGUUAUUUCACGUUUGG